AUGGCGGCUUACCAUAUGAAAUGUCUUCUGCUUUUGCUCUCCACAAUUUCCAUUUGUCUUGCCCAACAGCCGAAAAGGCGAUUUGAAUAUAAACACAGUUUUAAAGGACCACAUCUAAUGCAGCAAGACGGCACUGUGCCUUUUUGGAAAUACGGAGGGAGUGCGUUCGCAUCCGAUGAUCAAGUGAGGAUUACACCGUCCAUGCGAAGCAAAAGAGGUUUUAUUUGGAACAGAUACGUUAUUCCGUUUGAUCAUUGGGAAGUAGAGUUUUACUUCAAGGUGACGGGCAGAGGAAGAGUUGGAGCUGAUGGACUGGCCUUCUGGUACACCGACAAGAUCGGAGAGGAGGGCAACGUCUUCGGGAGCCAAGACAAAUGGAACGGUCUGGGGGUGUUCUUCGACUCCUUUGACAAUGACAACUUGCGCAAUAACCCUUACGUCAUGGCCAUGGUAAAUGACGGCACCUUACCGUACCAACACAGUACAGACGGGAUGAACCAGCAGCUCGGGGGAUGCUUGAGGGACUUCAGGAAUAAGCCGUACCCGGUCAGGGCUAAGAUUGAGUACUACAAGAAGACGCUAACGAUAUACAUUCACAAUGGGUGGACCAACAUAGACUCCAACUAUGAGUUGUGUUUAAGGAGAGAAGAUGUCACUCUACCCAAACGUGGCCUCUUUGGAUUAACGGCCGCAACAGGUGGACUGGCAGAUGACCAUGAUGUGAUCAAAUUCUUGGUGCACAGUUUAACCCCACCAAAUGAGGAAGAGUCUGGAAAAGAUCAAUUCAUAUCUCAGGAUGAAGAAGAACGCUUCAAGAAAGAGUGGGAUGAUUAUUAUGAAAAAUUACAGCAGCAAAAGCAAGAAUUCAAAGAAAAACAUCCAGAAAGAGUAAAAGAAGAAGUGGGAGAAGAUAAAUUUUUUGAAGAUACAGAAACCAGGGAGCUAAGGCAGAUCUACGAGGUGCAAUCUGUAAUUAGUAAAGCAAUAGGUGAGUUAAAUAAGAAGCUUGACGAGAUCGUCGGACGGCAAGAGAGAACCCUGUCGGCCAUCUCGGCCGUCCAGUCCUCCAAUCGAGGCGGGGGAGGGCCGCCCAGCGGUACCGGGGGCCAGCAGCAGCAGCCUGUGAUCCAGGCAGCCUCGGAGAUCAAGAGACACGAGGUCGAUACGAUAUUAAACACACAGCAGGAACUACAGAGGUCUAUAAGAGAUGUCAGAACUGUCAUAGGGGAUGUUCAGAUGAAGACGUCUUCAAUACAAGGCAAAGUGGACAGUAAGCCAUCACCACAGGGUAACGCGGGCAGCAAUCAGCUACUUACACAUGAGCUACAGGAUAAACUCAAAACACUCAGCGGUGAUGUUGGAAAACUACUACAAAAAUCUAGUAUGCCGUUGCAAUGUCCAGAACAAGAAAUGCCAAGCUGUUUAACACCGGCCUAUUUCUUUUUAUUAUUGGUGCUACAAGGUGGUAUCUUCUUUCUCUAUGCAAUGUACAGGAGUAAACAGGACGCUGCUGCCAAGAAGUUCUAUUAGCGGCAGGACGCCCCAAAGAAAACUACAGCUAAGAUUCUAUUU